AGAAAAUAGACGAGCAGAGGAAAACAAGAAAUAGAAAAAGAGAGAGGCAGAUAGAUAAGAAGAGGGUUAGACUGUAGGUAGUCGUGGCUCUCUUACGGCAGUACUUGGAUACACGUAAAGAAGAGCUCGUUCUUCAAGGUCGGCGGGCACGCGCGAGAACUCCUACUCUAGCGGUGGGGGUAUCGGAUCAGUGAUAUGACCUUAGUGGGACUGAAGCAAGAGAACCCGAACGUACUGCCCAUCAUGCUGAGCGUGCAGCAGCAGCAUCAUCAUCACCAUGGUCUUCAUGUAUCUACCGCAGGCUCUGUGCAAAACCAUCGUGGCAAUGUAAUUGUCUCAACUAGCAGUAUGCCAAAUAACGACAUAAAGGGCUUACAGCAGCACGCUUGUAAACGGUCAAAAAUGUACGGACAAACAACAGGACCUUAUGGAGCUGUUCCUCAUCAGCCGGCUUCGGUGGCGAGACGAAAUGCGCGCGAAAGGAAUCGCGUAAAACAGGUGAAUAAUGGAUUUGCUACUUUAAGACAGCAUAUACCUCAGAGUGUUGCUCAAGCAUUGGGUGGAAACACGACUGGGACUCAUGGUGGUUCUAGAGCGGGUAGCAAGAAGUUAUCCAAAGUUGAGACACUUAGGAUGGCAGUAGAAUACAUCAGAAGUCUACAACGUCUCUUAGAGGAACAUGACAACGGUUCGGACAUUUCUUCUUCGACUGUAUCCGCGUCAUCAACCACCUCAUCAACGUCACCUGCCGCGUGUAGUCCUACCGGUGGACUCGGUACUGACUCCAAUCAUCGUGCAUCCGAACUCAGACUAUGUGGUAACGACGUGCGACAUCACACUAGCCCUCAUCAUACCUCAGAUCUUCACAGACAUCAACAUAUUAGACAAAAUCCCAGCCCAACUUUUGUACCAGCACCCUGUUCAGAAGCUUCGAGUUCACCCACGCCGAGUUUCGUCUCGGAAACAUCAUCAGCCGGUAGUCAAGGUUAUGGAACGUCCUCGGGUAAUCUUUAUGCUUCUCACCCCGACGAUUACGAUUACAACGAGCCGAUGAGGCCCGAGGACGAAGAUCUUCUUGAUGUCAUCUUCUGUUGGCAGCAGAGUUAAUGAGACAACAUACGAUUUCCCGAUGAUACUUCCGUAUAGUCCUCGAGAAAAAAACAGGAAUGCAUAAUCAUUCGGAAGAUUUUAUCAGGCAGUAGAAUCGCAAUGUACAAUACAGAAGAUGACAAACGGCGGCUGUUUCAAUAACUGUGAUCUAGUCAUACCUCUCUACUUUAUAAUUGUAUAUAUCUGAUAUUAGUUUACUUAAAGUCUCGCGCGCGUGUUUCGCUUAAAUCAGCGUGGAACUAUUUCAUUUUUAAUUAUUUACAUAAUUAGCACAAGAUAAUCUUUAAAAGAUUGUAUAAUUAUAUAUAAAAUGACGAGACAAUAUUUUAUGUUAUUCUAGAUGAGAGUAUACAUGAGAAAGUGUGUGUGUGAAUGAAUGAGAAGCAAAGAUCAAUAUUAUUGAGAUGUAUAUUGGAGAACGUUGAAAAAUUAUUUUCAGACAUUUUAAUGUUGCCAUUGUUAUCGUGUAGCGCUCUUAAAUCCCAUCGUUUAAGAUUAUUGAAGAGUGAACCUAUUGAAUCGAAUCAAUAAGAACUAUCACCGACAUUGAGCUGUCGGCCGAUCAAUGAGUAUUCUCGAAUGGAUACGGCAUUCCAGAGUGCCUUAAAACGCCUUAUAAUUAUUUAUAAACACU